CCUCUUACAGGCGCGCGGCAGUCGUUCCCACAAAAACAACAAGGAGCUAGUGUUGACAGUGACAGCAAUAUCAGUAAUGUGUUGGAAGUGCGAAAAUGACACGGACUCUCAUUUCAACUGAUAAGAUAAGAAUGCAUCAAGAAAUGUAACGUCUAGCAAUCUGUGAUGUUUCCCGUCGAGGAUGUUAAGUACAGACACAAGUUUGCCAACUAGCCAGCAAGCUCGCUAGCUAAAGGUAACAUUUGCUAGCUAGCUAGUCGGUAUUUACCCGAAAACGGCGUUGACGUUGCAGGUGCAGGUGCUGGGAACUUUUUGGGAGACGUGAUUUACGCCAAAUACUGGGACCACGAUGAAGCUUCAGUGCGAUGUGGAAGUCAUCAGUCGGAUGCUCCCUACAUAUGGGAUGAAAGGUCGAGGCAAAGGAGCCAGAGCAGUGUUAUCUAUAGGGAGACACGUGGACAAAACAACGCAGCGGAGUAGCAUCUAUUUGUUGAUCUGUACAGCAAAAGACAGAGCUGGCUCAAAGUAUAAGCUGAAGGAAAACAUUGAGAAGUUCUUCACAAUGUUCAUGGAGGAAGGUAAAGCCACUGUAAGACUUAAGGAGCCUGCUGUGGACAUCUGUUUAAGCAAGGCUGAUGCCAACAGUCUCAAGAACUUCCUCUCCGCUGCGCGCCUGGCUCACAGAGGAAGUGAUGCAGACAGCAUGCCUCUCUCCACCCUGACGCCGGUCCGCGCCCGCGACGUGGAGAAGCCCAAGAAGAAGCUCGUCGUCGUCUCCAAAAAGGACUACCCGCUGACCUCCAACUUCCCGUACUCCCUGGAGCACCUGCAGGUCUCCUACUGCAAACUGUCCCGUGUGGACAUGCGCAUGCUCUCCCUCAAGCUGCUCCGCAAGCUGGACCUCAGCCACAACCACAUCAAGAAACUGCCCGCCACCAUCGGCGACCUGAGCUUGCUCGCCGAGCUGGUGCUCCACAACAACCACCUGGAGGCCUUCAGCCUCGCCCUGUGCCUCUCCAGCCUCCAGCGCACGCUCAAGCACCUGGACCUCAGCCAAAACCGCCUGCCGGCCCUGCCGGCCCAGUUCUGCCAGCUGCAGGAGCUCGUCACCCUCAAGCUGGACGACAACAAACUGACGAGCCUGCCCCCUCGCGUCGGGCAGCUGUCCAAGCUACGCUACCUCUCCGCUGCACACAACCAACUGGCGCACCUGCCCAGCGACUUCCGGAAGCUCUCGUUGGACAACCUGGACCUGUUCGGCAACCCGUUCACACAGCCCAAUCCCUUUGACCACACCAUUCAGCUCAAGUUCCCUCUCACACUGCAGGAAUUAGCUUCCAGGGCUGUCGUCAAUCUCCGAAUCCCUUACGGACCUCAGAGCAUCCCGUUUCACCUGUGCCCCGAGCUGGACGCUGCCAAGGUGUGUGACUGCGGCCGCGCCUGCCUGGACUCCUUCAUCCAGACCUCAGUCAGCAUGAACCUCCACCUGGUCUCCCACACCGUGGUCCUCGUGGACGACAUGGGCGGCACGGAGGCCCCCGUGCAACGCCACUUCUGCUCGCUCAUGUGUUACUGCGAGUUCCUCGACAACUGUGUGCAGCGAGGGGUCAGAUAAUGUGUGUUUUUGUGUGUGUGUGUGUGUGUGUUUUAUCUAUAUAUUUCAAAACGGUUGAGUCAGCUGGACCUUUUUUUUGGCAGCUAGCCAGUGUGGUGAUAUCAGCCUGUUUGGAUAUACUCAUAGAAGGGUGUCUCGAUGCUGUGAUUUUAAAGCUGGCUCUGGACAGUAUGCUGGUUUGUUCACAGCUCAUGUGCCAGUAUUUAAGAGGUCAGACUUUGGAGGCAGAAGUGGCGAUUGGUGGUUGAAUGUUCUAUGUAUGUUAUAUGUGUGCUGUCGUUUUUGUUUUGUUUUGUUUUGUUUUGUUUGUUUACCCUUGUCUGAAUAUUGGGUGCACUUGGACGUUGGAAUAAAGCACUCCAUUAGCCUACUUGAGUGUAAACACUUUUUUUUUUACUUAUUGUAAUGAUUUACAAGCUUGAAUGACUAUUGAAUUUGAAAUAAAUACAAAACAAUAUUC